AUGAGUGUGGUGUUGUGUGCGGUCGAGUUGAGCCAAGCGGCCGCUCCGACAACCAAUACGCUAAAGGUUACGGACAAAAACCAUCUAAAGAAAGCAGAUCGUGAAACUCAGUUCAUCUGUGAGUAUACCACUUCUGAAACGGUCACUAAAGUGGGCAUUUACCAAGUGGGUGUGGGCCUCCCUAUACUUGAAGUAACUGCUGCAGGAACCAUAUUCAACAAGUUUGAUGGCAAAAUCAAUAGUGCUACUUACGAUGUAACUAAUAAAGAUUUUCAUAAAGCUACAUUUAGCAUUAAGAAAGCUGACGCGCCCGUACUCGAGGAAAUCGCAACGUUCGCUGUGGCGGUGAAGGAUCCGGUGGACACAGACAAGCCCAACGAGUUCAAGAGCGGCGGCCAAUUGGACGGCACCUGCGCUUACGAUAUACCCGUCGGCGAGACGCUCAUCAAAUUGGAGAUAUUAAGCGGCGAUAGAGUGAUCGCAGCCGGCGAUAAAUAUUUCAAAUUCACUUACCCCAAACCCGAGGGUUUCAGUGACGUUAGGGCCCAGUUUGAUAGAGAAAAGAGCAGGGCCACUUUCACUGUCAACAAAUUGACCGACAAAAGUGCCGGUGAGUUCAGGUGCAGGUACACUGUCGAGGACGGAUCCACACCCAAAAUCACCAAGGUCAUAGUCUCUAAUGGGAUAGUGCUAAUUUAUAUCAAUGAUACGCCGAUCGUCACAGAUGUUAUGCUAACCAUUGAGGACAAGAAUCAUCUUAAUAAAGAUAACAGGGAAACAGUGUUCGUCGGUACUUUCACCAAGAUCAAAGACGCCGCUAAUAUUGUUGUUAACGUUGUCAAGAUUGAUGAGAAACCUGCCUUUACCUUGUUCACUGUCGAUGCAAAAGGUUCUAUGCUUAAUAAGCUUUCGGACAAAAUUAUGCUUGCUGAAUUUGACCCCAAUAAUAAAGAUGGCCAAAAAACUACAUUUACUCUUAAGAAAGCGGGUGCGCCCGCACCAGGUGGUGUGUAUCGGUGCGAUGUGGACGCACCAGGGACCAUCACAGUUUCAUCUAAAACUAUUAAAGUUUACACCAACUCAGAACUGAUUUCCUUCGAUGUGGGAGUGUAUGGCGCGGACAGAGACCACAAUAUUGUGGUUGAAAUGCACGGCUCGUGCGCUUACGACAUACCCGUCGGCGAAACACUUAAACAGUUAGAGGUGUCGAGCGGUGACCGAGAUUUUAUCAGCGGUGUCUAUGCCGACGAUAUAUUUACCUUC